UCCCCGCCCAAGGCGCGGCCCGCACAGGUAAAGCCGGCGCGGCCCGGCUCGGCCCCGCAGUCCCGCCGCGAUGUUCGGGGUGCAGCAGCAGCUGCAGCAGCCCGUGCUGCCCCCGCACCUCCCGCAGCAGCAGCAGCAGCAGCACCACUACUACCGGCGGCAGCAGCACUACAGCACCCUGCCCGCCCGCCGGGCCUGCCCCGAGCCGCCGGCCUGCCCCGAGCCCCCGCCCUGCCCGGAGCCGCCGCGGCCGCUGCCCUGCCUGGACCCCGCUCCGCAGCCGCAGCAGGACGUGCCCUACGACCGGGUCCGCACCUACGGGCCGGGCUGCCGCCGGGUCAGCACCUCCUGCUCCUCCCGGGCCGCCUCGCCGCUGGACUGCGGGCUCGCCUGCGACCCGCCACAGGGCACCAUUCGCAGGAUCAUUAUCGAGAACCCGGAUCAGGAGCCAUUAUCCCCUUUUCUUAGAGGGGCCAGUUUCUCUCCUGGAAAUAAUGUCAUCUAUGAAAAGACAAUAAGAAAAUAUGAGCUAUUAAAUCCUCUCCAAGAGCGGCAGUUCCCGGUGUGCCCGGCAGAGCCGUGCCCGCAGUGCCCGCCCGCCCCGCCUGCCCAGCAGUGCCAGCAGACCCAGACGGGCUCUCCGUGCGAGCUGUGCCCGGGCCCGGCCGGUGACGAGUGCCGGGGACACCCCGUGAGGAGGGGCACGGCCCCCGCCCAGCUGGUGAGCUGCCCCCAGGACACCCCUGAGCAGCUGGACUGUCGCUUUUUUGGGGAGCUGCUGGCUGAGCUGCACCGCAAGAGCACUGACCUGUACAGCUGCUUGCUGCAGCACGUGGAGAAGAUUGGGACAAGGAACCAUGACAUCGAAUUCACGUGCCAGACUGAAGAUAUUGAAGAAUUAAUUCCCAAAGGACUGUCUGAGGCAACAAAGCAGCAGAUUCGUUAUCUCCUCCAGAUGAGAGCGACAUCGGACAAAUCCCUGAGACUUGUGCUUUCCACCUUCAAGAACCUGCGUGAGGAGCUCUGCCAUUUGCAGGAUGACCUGGGGAAGCUGGAAACCGACAAUGUCUUGCUGAAGAAGGAUUUGGCUUUUAAGGAUUCUCAAGUAAAAGAAUAUGAAACAAUGCUGGCUUCUCUGAGGGAGAACAACCGUCAGCAGCAGCAAGGGCUGAGGGACAGCACAGCCAGGUGCCGCUCCCUGGAGGAACAGCUGCUGUCCCUGCGGCUCAGCGAGGGUGACAAGGACUGCCAGCUGAAGGAGCUGGAGUACAGCAAGAGGGCCCUGGAGCAGGAGAUCCAGAGCCUCAAGCUGCAGAGCUGCUCCAGCCCAAGCCUGCAGACCACGACGGACGAGCUCUCCAGCCGCUACGUGGAGAUGAUCAACAACCUGAGGGAGGACAAGGACAGGGAGAUCCGCAGCCUCAGGUCCCAGCUGUGCCAGUUCCAGCAGGACAUCACCAGGAGAGAAGGGAGUAACAGUGACUUGCAAAUGAGGCUGCACGAACUGACAUCGCUGCUGGAAGACAAAGAGGCUUUUAUUAAACAACAGCAAGAGGAGCUCUUCAGACUGAAGCAUGACAAGUUAUCUGGCAGUCAGUCCCCUGGGGUGACAGCCAUCAUCACUAAAAAGUACAGGAAUCAGUAUCCUAUUCUGGGUCUCCUGUCCGAUGACUACAAGGUCACAUCACCUGUCAAUAAAUCACAAACGAUUGUAAUUGAGAGGACUGGGGAGAUCUGGAAACACGUAAGUUUACCUGGAGCUGGAUUGUUCCCUCUGCAAUCCCUAAGUGUUCCAUUUAACUUCAAAGCAAGUGUUACCCAAACUGAGAGCUCAGAGAUACCCUAGUGGUAAUUUAACUGCAAAAAGCAAAGUGACUGACUGCAACCAGGGACUUGUCCUGGCUCUUGGGUGCAGGCAGUAAUUAGUGGGUGCGGUACAAAUAAAACCUUUUUGUUUUCUCUGGCACGUAAUUACCCUGAACAAAAGCAGCAGCGUUGCUCUAACCCCGGCCCCGGGGUGUUGCUGUGCUGGGCAGGUAGGCAGGGACUGUGUCCUGCUGUGCUCUCAGGUGAGGAGGGAUUUGGGAGGGCUGUGCUCCUCUGCAUUAGGAGCAUUAAUGACUCCAAGCUAUU